CUUGAUUAUGCAAAGAAAGAAAUCAAGAGUGAAGACGAAGAAUGUACGAAGAAAAGUUGCUGCUCAUCAGGUGAUGAUUUAAAUCAACGCAAAGGCGAUGAUCGAAAUGAUGGAAAUCGAUUGCAUCCAGAACGAAACGCUUUGAAUAGCGAAGGACAGAGUGGAUGUAAUUCCAAGGGAAAGAAACGAAGAGGAGCAAAGAAGGAAAAUACAUCGAAAGAUGCAAAGAAAUCAGCUGUAAAGAAGGAGAAGAAACACAAAUGUCACGUGUGUGAUUAUACUGCAUCGUGGAAAAUCAGUCUCAUCAAACAUACCCGAAUUCACACCGGCGAAAAGCCUUUCGUAUGCGAAAUAUGUGCAAAGGCUUCUUCAGAGAAAAGUAAUUUAAAUCGACACAUGAAAGUUCAUGCCACCGAAUUUCCAUUCCAUUGUCAAAAGUGUCGCCGAGGAUUCAAACAAGAAAGCGAAAAGAUCGAACACGAAAAGCAAUGCCAACAUCGACAAUACCAAUGUAUUGUAUGCAAAUACACCACUGAUCAAUUGUCAAGUCUCAAGAAACACAUGCUAAUCCAUAGUAGCGAGAAGCCUUUCCAAUGCCGCGUUUGUUCAAAAGCAUUUAAACAAAAAUAUCAUUUUUGCCAACAUUUACGCAUUCACACCAAACAACUACCGUUUGCCUGCUCAAAAUGUGGACACCGAUUUGCUGUCGAAAUCGACAAACAAUCGCAUGAGGAUCGAUGCAAGUGUCGACGAUACGAAUGCCAUAUUUGCCCAUAUAAAUGUUUCAAGAAAAGUCAUUUGAAAUACCACAUGCAAUUGAAGCACACCGGCGAAAAACAAUUUCAAUGCAAAAUGUGUGACAAGAAGUUUGCUUUGAAAAGUUACCUUAAGAAACAUUUGACGAUUCAUGCCAAACCGCGUCCAAUGCGUUGCACCAAAUGUUGUUGUCGAUUUGCAAACGGAGACGACAAGAAUGCACAUGAAAAGCAUUGCAAUCGACGCCACUAUGAAUGUUACAUCUGCAAAAUUUUGAUGCAACGUCCAAUGAAUUUAAAAAGCCACAUGCGUAACCAUCAUACCGGUGAGAAACCGUUUCCAUGCAAAUGGUGCGAUGCCCGAUUCUCUCUUCAAUGCAACGCUAAUCGUCACAUAAAGAAUUUUCAUCGUCAAAACAAGUGAAGAUCGGCCCUAAUCCGAUCACUUCAUUCCACACCGAUGGAUUAAAACAACAG